UGUGAGGGUCUUCAAAUUUAAAGAUCAUAAUAUGCACAGGAUUGAAAACGGGCUUACAUGUCAUCUAUUGAUGAAGGGCCUUAAUUUGCAUUGAAGUUAGCAUCAAUGGGAUCAUGAAUGGAUGGCAAUGAUGAUUUUUUCAUGGCCAGAUGUAUAAAUUAAGGCUAAGUUGAAAGUCCAACCUCAAAUGUGGUCAGGAUGGUGUGCAGUGGGCAGUUCAUAGAGAUCUAAACAGCAGGGUCGAUAUUGGGAUCUGAUGCGUUUUCCAAGCCUCUUUCCCUGAAUUUGGAUCCUCGUCAGCAUCUCUCUGUCUCCGUUUCUUCAAUCAGGAAUGGCUGAAAACGUUGUCAGUGGGAUCGGAGCUGAGGCAUAUAAAGACACGAAAAAAGUAGCAAGCAAAUUUGUUGAUGUGAAGAAUCUGAAAAGCAACUACGAAAAGUUGAUCACCGAAGCAGAAGAGCUCUGGAAACUGAAGGAUGAUAUAGAGAAAGCAAUCAGAGUUAAAAUAAAGCCGGACAUAAGUAAGUGGAUUGCUACGGUUGAUAUGCUUAAAAAGAAGUGAACAGCCUGCAAACGAAAUACAAUGAAGGACAGUGGCCGCCGUGGAGAUGGAUCCGCUUAGGGUGGAAGGUUAGUAAUGACUUGAAAACGAAGAGGAAGGAGGUUCGUGAUCUUUUGAGUAAUGGAAAUAUUCACAAGCGAGUUUUGGAGGAUGAAUUGCCAAGCUCUGUCCGGAUAGAAAAAGCACCUGAAAUCGAGGAAAACUCACCACUGGGAGAAGUUGUAAGAGAUGUACUAGAUCGUCUUAAGGAUGAAAAAGUAAGAAGAAUCGGAAUCUUGGGAGCGGUCGGAACUGGGAAAACCGCGAUAAUGAAGCACUUGAAUAACGAUGAAAAAAUUCGUGGUAUGUUUAAAUAUGUCAUUUUUGUAACGGUCUCAGAGGAGAUGAGCAUAGAGAAGCUGCAAGAGGCCAUCAUGCAACGGCUAAACCUGGGCGAGUUCCGUACCGAUACCGUAAAAAAUAAUGCUCACAUAAUAUCGGACUGGUGGAAUGAAAAGAAGUGUUUGAUUCUUCUGGAUGAGGUAUGUCAAACCAUUAAGCUAGACGAAGUUAUGGUAAUCCGUAGCAACCAGAAUCACAUCAAGGUGGUGUUGGCAAGUAGAUACCCACACAUUUGUAGCCGCAUGGAUACUGAUGUUGAAAUCAAAGUGGAACCAUUUUCCCCGGAUGAUGCUUGGAAAAUGUUCAAGAAAAAUGUGGGUAAAGCCAUUUCUAACUCCGACAUUCAAGCAAAAGCUAGGCUUCUUGUUGCAGAGUGUCACCGGUUCCCACUGGUGAUAGACGUAGUAUCCAAAACCUUCAAAAAGAACCAAACAGAUUUGACCCUUUUGGAUGAGUUAUUGAAAAGCUUGCAAAGAUGGGACAGUGACAGAAUUGAUGGCAUUGGCGAAAUGUUGGAUCGCCUGAAGGUUUGUUACAAGUGUUUAAAAGAUGAAGAGAAGGACUGCUUUUUGUACGGUGCAUUGUAUCCUGCAGAAAGCAUGAUAUAUGUGGAUUACUUGAUAGAAUGUUGGAGAGCUGAAGACUUUAUUCGUCAUGCAGAAGAGUUUAGAAAUGCACGUAGUGGCGGGCACAAAAUAUUGUGUGAGCUUAUUGAGCUAUCAUUUCUAGAGAGAACCGCAAAGACGAAAUAUGUUACGAUGAACAAAUUGUUUCGGAAAUUGGCUCUAGAUAUCUUAUCCCAAAAGGAUAACAAAUAUUUGGCAAAACCAUGGGAGGGAUUACAAGAGUUUCCACAUCCUGAGAAUGUAACCAAGCAAGUAAGAUCUCGUUGAUGGAUAAUCGACUUAGCACUUUACCAGAAACUCUAGAUUGUGGCAAUCUCUCAGCAUUGUUCCUUCAAAGAAAUAAGGACUUGAGUGUUAUUCCUCGGUUGUUCUUCCAAUCAAUGUGCAGACUGCGAGUUCUGGAUUUUGCAAGGCACUGGGAUUGCAUUUUUGCCUUCCUCUAUAUCCAUGUUGGUUGUUCUCAGAGGGCUCUACUUAAAUUCUUGCAUCCACUUGACAAGGGUACCAUCUGAAAUAAAAGCA